CAUUAUUUCUCUUUCUUCUCUCCAGAAAGCAGCGCCUCCCUCACUCUCCAACAGCAGCAGCACUAUACACUACUACUGGUGUCACGCAUGCGCCGCGGUGCUGCUGCCAGCCCCACAGCCACCGCCGCCGGGCUCUGUGCAAUGAGACAAGGGGUGAGCAGCACCAGACAGAUAGGGGAAGAAGAAGACAGAGCCAUGCUCGCUGCCAUCUCACCGCUGCUGCCCUCCACCUCCCACUGAUCCUCCCUCCCCGCUGGUGAGGGCAGCACGAAUAAAACUUAAAGGAGGAGGAAUAAGAGGCUGCCCCAGCCCCUAGGCAUGGCCAGCGCGGUGAGUGCAGGGGGUGGAACAAACCCUUUCCCUUAAUGCAGCCCGGCUCUGCCUGCAGCCACAGCAGCAGCACUGCCACCUAUGUACUACUGCCACGGCUAGCUGCGACCCGGCACCGCCGCUGUGUUCUAGAUGAUCGUGGUGUAGUCAGCAGUACCAGCGUUCCUUGUCUGCACUUGCUGCUGGAAGCGCUGCAGAUUCUGCAUAGCGAUAUACGGGGGACAUGCGCUGCAGGCAAUGGGAGCCGGUAGGAAAGUAGAUGGACAUAUGGACCGGCAAUCUAAAGUCCCCCAGAGCCUGGACUGAGAACAUCGCAGGGACCCAACCGAGCCCAUAGGAGGGGCACCAUGGUGUGUGCGGGCAGGAUCUGAGAGUUGGGAUUGCGAAGGAAAGCAGCCCGGAGCACCUGGGGAUGGUGUGCCCAGUGGCAGCAGCAUGUGCAUGGACUAGAGCACGCCUGCUGUAACGCGGAUCAGCACCGAACGCCGCAGCUACGGCUGCACUCUGCGCUUUACUUGUUCUAUUAUGUGACUGGAAACCCGCACCUGGAUUAUCCCAGUGAAGGAGGUCUUGUGGUGGGGAGGAGGAAGCCGCAGAGUGGCCUUUAAUCAGGCACCUGCAGGACGGGGAUCGGACCUGCAUCUUACACAUUUGGAUCCCGAUAUCAGCAGAGGAAAGGUGGAUCUACAGUGUGGGGUAUCGGAGGAGCAGCGCUUGGUACACGGGCAGCCUGAGUGCCGGCAGCUGCUGCAGGAGGCGCCGCUAGCAUGUGUGCUGUACAAGUGAAGCUAGAACUGGGUCAUCGAGCCCAGGUAAGAAAGAAACCAACACUUGAGGGAUUCACUCACGAUUGGAUGGUAUUUGUUAGAGGACCAGAGCACAGUAACAUUCAGCACUUUGUGGAGAAAGUUGUAUUUCACUUGCAUGAAAGCUUUCCAAAGCCAAAACGAGUGUGCAAAGACCCACCAUACAAAAUAGAAGAAUCCGGUUAUGCUGGUUUCAUUUUACCAAUAGAAGUCUACUUUAAAAAUAAGGAAGAACCUAAGAAAGUUCGCUUUGACUAUGACCUAUUUCUUCACCUUGAAGGCCAUCCACCUGUGAACCACCUUCGGUGUGAGAAGCUCACCUUUAACAACCCCACUGAGGAGUUCAGGAAGAAGCUGCUUAAAGCCGGAGGGAUAAUGGUUAUGUCAGAGGGGUCGUCCUUUUCUUCAGGCACCAGUCUUCAUCUCCCCAGCCUCCCCAGUAAUUCCUUAUCUUUCUCUGAUGUAAAGAAGAGCAAAUCAUCUCAUGGAUCCAAGGACCCAACUAAAUUGGUUAGUGUAAACAGCAGCAGCAACAACACCACCAUUAGCUUAUCAAAACCACACAAAUCUUCAAAGGAGCACAAAGAGAAAUCAUCAAAAGACUCAAAAGAGCAUCGAAGUGCCUUCAAAGAACCAUCCAGGGAACAUACUAAAUAUUCCAAAGAAUCCUCAAAAAAACCCAAAGAAAACAAACCACUGAAAGAUGAAAAAAUUGUCCCUAAAAUGGCCUUUAAGGAACCUAAACCCAUGUCAAAAGAGCCCAGGUGUGAGAACAAUAAUAUUCUUACAGUAUCAAGUGGGCAUCAACAAGAAAAGAAAGUCUCCAGUAAGAGGCCAAGUCAUAUGGACUCUGAGGACCCUUUGACCAGGAAACGGAGGAAAAGCAACUCUGAGUCAUCUCUUAAAACUUUUUCUAACUCUUCACUUCUUAUAUUGUCCUCUGAAAAAAAAACUUUGAAAGACAAAUCUCAGCCUAAAACUGGAAAAGUAAAAAUUGAAAGUGAACUACUGGAUAAGAAGAAGGUGUCGCUGCCCCCCUUUGAAGAUAUUGUAGAUCCAAACGAUACAGAUAUGGAGGAUAAUAUGUCAUCCAAAUCAGAGUCAGGACAGCCGAGUCCAGCAAGUUCUACAUCCAGCUCAAGUUCCAGCUUGGCGCCAUCUCAUAACCACAGACAAGGUUUUUUUAUGUCUUGUCCAGGCACCCUGAGGUCCAUAAUUAAAGACUUGAAUUCUGAUGAGAACGAGGAUGAAUCUGAUGAUGGAGAGGACAAUGACUCUGAGAGCGAGAGGACUAUACACAUGCAUGGAGGAAGUCGGGCUCGCAGAAUUAGUCUAAGUGAUGGAAGCAAUAGUGAAAGCAGUUCAGUUUCAUCACCAUUACGAAAUGAGCCUCCAACCUUACUAAAAACGAACAAUAAUCAGAUCCUAGAAGUAAAGAGCCCAAUUAAACAGAGCAAGUCUGAAAAACAAAUAAAAAAUGGAGACUGCGAUAAGGCAUACCUAGAUGAAUUAGUCGAGCUUCACAGACGAUUAAUGACUCUAAGAGAAAGACAUGUACUUCAGCAGAUCGUGAACCUUAUAGAAGAAACUGGACACUUCCAUAUCACAAACACAACAUUUGACUUUGACCUUUGUUCCCUUGACAAAACCACCGUCCGCAAAUUACAGAGUUACCUGGAGACUUCCGGAGCAUCCUGAGGGUACAAUGUGGAUCUACAUUGUGUGGAUAUUUAAAGACCUGGGUCUAUACAACAACUGAACAGUUUAUAAACGUUCAGGAUAAAAUAACCAGAUCUGGGCCCUUUAAGGCGCAGCAAAGGAAAGGAAAAGUUUCUUUGGAUGGUUUUCUUCUCAACAGUUGUUUCUUAUGCCCAAAGUGGUAUACCAUGAACCACAUUUGAAGAAGGAUCAUCCUUCGUAUUAAUUGUAUGUUUUUUGGAGAUUAAACCUGGAAAGCCUUGAAAAAAAAGACAAACACAGCAUUUCUUGUUUCAUUAACUAAUGUGUUCAAUAUCAUGUGUCACACACAUGUUGAGCAUACACACACUGCCUUACUACGUGACUGAUCUAUUUAUUAUCGCAUAUCUAAGUUCCAAACAUCAGUGUGGGAAUGACACUACCAGAUGCUAGUAGGACCAUUACACCCAUCUCAAAAUAAAAAAAAUUUGGACUGGACUGCUGUCAUGAAUGACCAGAACAUUUCUCUGCUCACACAGCAUAUACUCUGUUGCUGUUUACACUGAUAUUUUCGAAAGAAAAGUAGACCCAAUUAGAAAGAUUCCAGAUCUGGGCCAAGCUCAGUUUCUGUGCCAGGCUUGUUCAUUUCAAUGACAUCAUAGUCAUCGGAAGGAUCUUCCACAGUUGCAUUAUGGGACUCAUAACCUGACUCGGUGAAAUAGUAGGAUGUGCUUUUACAAGAAUAGGUGUUGAGCUGAUGUGAAUCCUAGUAAUGUUUUUUCUACCCAAUAAUGUUCUUGUGUCUUUUUCAAUGUCCGCUUUCUAACAUUAUAUAUAUAUAUAUAUAUAUAUAUAUAUAUAUAUAUAUAUAUACACUCUGUAUAUAGGGGCAAUCUGGAGAUUCCUUGUUGAAAAGGACAUCAUUCCUCCAUUAUUAUCUAAAGAUAAGAUGUACAAAUUUCUUAAUUUGGGACUAUUUAUUACAAGUUUCACUGUCUUUGGCUGACAGUUGUGUUAAUUAUUUCUACCAUGGACAAAAUGGCAUUCAAUAUUUAGGUUUUUGAUAUCAGUUUUAUAUGUUCAUUGUCUGUUUAAUAUUUUUUUUAAUUAUUAUUCAGAAAUUAAAUUCACUUUUCUUUAAAAAAAAAAAAAAUCAUCGCAAUCUCUUGGGAUCAAAUGUUUUUCUAUUCUUUUGGAGUAGUGUCAAAAUUCCAUUGUAUUGUUUACAUAUAAAAUGCACAGAAAAUGAGAUGCCAUGGUCUUAUGUACUUUUCGUGAACCACACUUAACGUUCUUUAUUCUUUUACCAUAGUUAUGAAUGAAUUAGUUUAUUGUACAUUUGUUUAUUAUCUUGUGAAAACACACACACGUCUGACUGAUUAUUUGUUCUGAUUUAUUUAUUCAGAUUAAAAUAUACAUAAAAUUGUGUUCUUAUGAUGUGUAGUAACACAAUAAAGUAAUGGGAGAAUGUUUCUGAAAACUGUUGCAGAGGAUAGAAAAGAAAAUGUUCUGUAACUUCAAAUCAACCAAAUAAAUGUUUGCGUUUGACUCCCGAAGAAUACUAUAUAAAUGACAGAAACUGAUAAAUUGCUAUAGGCAACACUUGGUUUUCUGCACAGUAAUUGUGAAACCGUUUCAUAAAUGCACCUCAUGUCUGCAUAAACAGUUUGAGCAAUGAUGGAAUCUUUUCUGAUAAUUUAUUUGGUUAACAGAGGUUUUAAUGUAAUGAUAGCUUAGCUGCUGGCCUGUGAGUGGCAAUUGGACCUCCUGCAAUCUGUAUUUCCUAGCAUGGUGUGAAACAGGACUGCUGUGUUUUGAGGUAACAACUGGGUAUUUAUUCAGAGUCUUCCUAUUAAUGUGUAUGUUCUAGUGCUGUGCUCACCAUGUUGCUUAUAGCGGGGGUUCUCAAAUCAUGGACUGCAGUCAGAUUUAAAAACAAUUGUUCAAUAACUUCUCAGUUAAGUUAUCAACACUUCACAUUUUGACACUUUCCUAACCUUUGUUUAUAGAUUUUUUUUAAAAUAGCAUUUAUCAAAAUGAUGUCUUUCUGCCAAUGAUUUCCAUUUAUUAUAGUGAUGACAUUCCUUCUCGAAGCACACCCAAUCUGCUUUGUGGGGAAAUUAUAACAGGUGGUGGGUCGGGUUCACUUGGAGAAUUAAAUUAAAAUGCUAGCUUUUUUUCUCUGUCUGAACCAGUUUCCAUAAAUGUUUCCUUCUCUGUCCAUCCGAAGGAUCCUUCAUAGACUUCUUGCCAUGACAACAAUUUUAAUAAGGCAACACUGAUUAGAUAUACUAUUGAUAGUCAUAUCUUCAUGGCCUGACUAGAACUGUAUGCUCAUGUAGACAUCAUAAUGCCAUAACAGCCUUUCAGAAAAGUGACACUUUUGUCUACAAUUGUAUUUCCUGUCUGGGUUAUUCCACACCAAAUCAACACAGAUCUCAAACUGACCAUGAUUGUAAUGAAAUUUGGUGUAGUAAAUGCUACCAUGGGUGUAUAGAAAACCCCCAUAUCUUAUGCUAAAAUGCACACUGCUUCUGAAGAUAUACUGUAAGCUUUUAAAGCUGCCAUUUUGUUUAUGAACAAUUUGCUUUUAACAUUGUUUUUAAUUGCACUUGCAACUCACCGAAUUGAGCAAGAGAGUUUGGCAAGGUCUCAUUUUAAACCUCUUUGUAUGGGCUUUUAUAUGAAAUAUACCCCAUCAGUAUGUUUCCAUAAAAAAACUCAAAAUUUCUAAUUUUUUAUUUUCUCAAAAAGAUAAUUUUUACAUUUUUAGAAAAAAAUCUAAAAAAUUUGUUCAUACUGUUGUUAAUAAUUAAGUUUUAAUUUGGGAUCAUGAUGGAAUCACUUGCUAUAAGAGCUUUCAUUUUUGAGUGAUUAAUUAAACUUAUAUUUAAAAAUCAACAAAACAGUAUUUUUUCCAGUUCACUACAUUAAAGGAAUGCACUUUCUUCUUCAGGUAUGUUUGGGUGUGAGAUUCUAAAGACAGCGCUGCUCACACUUCUGUGCAGGAGCACAAACUUAAGUGGAGAGAUACUUCAAUUGUAUGUUAAUAGCAAAUUGUUCAUGAAAAAAAUGGCAGCUUUAAAAGCAUACAGUAUAACUUCAGAAGCAGUGUACUUAGUCUAAGAUUUGGGGGUAAUAUUUACAUCCAUGGCAGCAUUUAUUACACCAAGUUUCAUUACAAUCUGAAAAUGAUCAGUCUUUUACUAACAGUUGAAAAAUUGGCUUUUUGAGAAAAUCAAAAUUUAGGUGUUUUUUUUUUUUUAUUUCUAUGGAAACAUACUGAUUUGUUAGAUUUCAUAUGAAAGCCCAUAUAAAGAGGAUUACAUGAGACCUUGUCCAACUCUCUAGCUCAAUUAGGUGAGCUGCAGAUUAAAUGAAAAUUUUUAAUAGCAAGUGUUUUGUGAAACAAUUGCAACUUUAAAGGCAUAUAACUUCAAAACCAUUGUACAUAUCAGCCUAAGAGUUGGAGGGUUUCGUUACCCCUAUGGCAGCAUUUAUAAUACACAAUUUCAUAACAAUCUGAAAUGGUUAGUUUGAAACUUGUGUUGAUUUUGUGUGGAAUAACCCUGCAUUCAGUUAUAUCAUUCCAUUAGAUCCAAAUAGAUUUGUGCCACAUUUUCACAGGUUUUUUUAUUUUUUUAUUUACUUACAGUGUAAGUAGUGUGGGUUGACUUUUUUCCCCCCCCCAUGUAUUCCAACAAGUUGAUCUGCAUUAUGUUCAGCCCAAAGAGAUAUUUUUGUUUUGUAUUUUCUUGUACGUGUAUGUUUCACCAUGGGAGAAAUGUAGUCACUUCCCAAUGUACAAGUGUACUGUACUUUCCAGUAAUGUUAUGACUCUAUAGGAUGAUUGGCAUGAAGCAUACUUGAAGCAUUUUGUUGUAUAAUCCACCUCUCAAUGUGCAAUUUAUAUCAAGGAAAGUGUAAAACUUUAAAAUUACGCAUGUGUGUUAUUGUUUUCCUGUUUUGCUUUUAUGUUGAAGUGUAUAGAAUUAUUGACACAAUCUAGCAUUUUAAAGAAUUGGUGAACAAUCUACAUGGUAAAUUUUCUAUCAUUUAUUAAACCAAUGCGUAUGUAUUGUUUGGUCCGUAAA